UGGUGGCGGGCGGGGAAUUUGGAGUGGCGACAGCGAUGCGUGAGGCGCUGCGCGGCCGCUCGGGCAACAGGCCGGCCCAGGGCGGCCAGCCCGGCCCCGCCGCUUCUAUGGCGCGGCCCUGGGCGCACACCAGAGCAGCGCUGGAGGGGCUGGAGAGGGCGCUGAGCUGCUCCCUCUGUGCCGGUAUGUUGCGGGAGCCCGUGUCUCUGGGGGGCUGCGAGCACGUCUUCUGUCUAUCUUGCAUGGGCGACCACGUUGGCAAAGGAUGCCCAGUGUGCCAUGUGCCAGCCUGGGUGCAAGACAUGCAGAUAAACCGUCAACUGGAUGACAUGGUCCAGCUCUGCAGCAAACUGCGGCGUCUCCUGGGUUCAGGCACCUCAGAUUCAACGGAAUCUACGUCUACACCAAUGUGCUCAGACUUUGGAGAAAACAGCAAGAAGGGACAAAUCAAAAUGUGGUUCAGCCCGAGAAGUAGGAAGAUUCGAUGCAUUGUGAACAAGAAUCAGCCGAAGCCUAAUAGUAAUGACCCUUGUCAAGACCCGUCCUCAGUUUAUCAUUUCUUUCCUUCCCCUGUUCAUGAAAAGCCCUCCAAACCAACAAAAAAGCAAACUCAGAGGCAGAGUAAGAAGAUGAAGAAAAAACGCCUAGCAGACAUCAACAAAGUGUGGGAUUUAGAGAAGCCUGAGCAAAAAGGAGGGGUUGAGGAGAAGAAUUCUAAGGAAAAGUGUGUGACCAUUUGCAGUGAGCCUGUAGUCCUGUGCACUCCAGAACCAAAUAGCCCCAAAGAGACACUUCCACAGGAAUCUGUAGAGGAAGCUGACUCCUCCAAAAACUUGGAAGAAGUGGAAGUAACUCCAGAGGUGAAAUCCUCAGAGAAGGAAGAUAAUGAUGAGGGAGGCUGUCCUGUACGAGUCAGCAAGGAAAAAAAUUGUGCUGCAGAGAAAUUGCCAUCAAUAGAAAGCGAAGCAGUGCCUUUGAAACGUGGAAGGGAGCAAUCAAAACUUCCAGAUACUUCUCAGUCUAAAAGACGAAGAAGUGAGAGGAGCCUUAACAGGAAUUCAGACAGUCAGACUUCUUGCUCAGAGGACUUGUCUCAAGAUUGCCCUAUCCCCCAAGUGACCGAACCCAAGACACCUGUUCAGGUCUGUGGUGGUGUAAUGAAGACGAGAAGCUCUGCAGCAAGAAGUAAUCCUUCACUUCCAAAAUCUCCCUCUACACCAUCUACUUUCAAGGCUUAUAAUCAAGUAGGAAUACCACAGAGUCCUUCUGUGUUCAAGUCCCCUGGUAGUAACACGAUUGCCAGAAGAAAUUACAAAGGGGAGACUUUGCUUCAUAUUGCUUCCAUCAAGGGUGACUUAGCAGCUGUUGAAGAGCUGCUGAAAAAUGGGGCAGAUCCCAACGUUAAGGACAAUGCUGGCUGGACACCACUGCACGAGGCAUGUAACCACGGGCACCGAGAGGUGGUGGAGCUGUUGCUACAACACAAAGCACUGGUGAAUUCUACGGGCUAUCAGAACGAUUCGCCCCUUCACGACGCUGCCAAGAAUGGGCACGUGAGCAUUGUUGAGCUGCUGCUUCUGCAUGGUGCCUCCCGUGAUGCAGUUAAUAUAUUUGGUCUGCGGCCUGUGGACUAUGCAGAGAGUGAAAAGAUGAAGUCUGUGCUAAUGUUACCAGUCAAGAAUGAAUCAUUUUCAUUUAGCCAGCCCUCUGAGAGCCCAAGCCAGCCUAGAGAUGGACCUCUUGGUAUCCUGGGGAGCAGUCUUAGUUCAAAACAACAGAAAUUGCUGAACCAGCUAGCAACAGUUCUGAAGGCUCGAAGGUGUACUGAAUUUAACAGCACAGUAACCCACAUUGUUAUUCCUGAUAUUCCAAUGCCAAGUACUGUUAAAUGUAUGAUGGCUGUUCUGACUGGAUGUUGGGUCCUGAAGUUUGAGUGGGUACAAGCCUGUCUACAAAGUACAGUUCGAGAACAAGAGGAAAAGUAUGAAAUCCAAGGUGGCCCACAAAGAGGCCGGCUCAACAGAGAACAGCUGCUGCCUAAGCUGUUUGACGGAUGCUACUUCUAUUUCUUGGGAUCUUUCAAAAGUCACCAGAAGAGUGAUCUUGUGGAGCUGAUCAAAGCAGGAGGAGGACAAAUCCUGGUUAGGCAGCCGAAACCAGACAGUGAUGUGACACAGACGAUCAACACGGUGGCAUACCAUGCAGAAUCUACUUCUGACCAGAGAUUUUGCACUCAGUAUGUCAUCUAUGAUGCAUCUUCUAAAUUCAAACCAGAGAAAAUUCGUCAAGGCAAAGUCUGGUUUGCUCCCUCCAGCUGGAUUGUAGACUGCAUAAUGUCAUUUCAGCUGCUGCCUGUAAAGUGAACAUCCCUGUCUCACAACUAAGACCUUUUAAAAAGUGGUGUAUCUUCAGCAGCUGGAAAACGCUGGUCUGAAGCUAUGAUUUAUGUUUUGCACUUGGUAACUCAUUUACAUGGUCAAAGCUCCUCUGUAUUCCAAGAUCACUGUGAUAGGUUGGAAUAAAUGGUCUGACAAUGGAAUAGGGAAAAAAAAAAAGAUGCUGCAUUGAAAAGUUGUGCCUUGGAUUAUUUACUACGCUUUAUUUUUACAUUUAACUUCACUGUAAUAAUCACUGACAUUUUAUAAGAUCUUGCAAAAUGAAGUCUUGUGAAUUUUGACUUAAAUCAAGCUUAGUUGGUGAUAGAGCAUGACCCUGUUUCUUUUGUUUGGUAUGCUUUGACAAGGAUCUACUAUGUGUGUCAAGACUUCCCAGCCAGGAUAGAAUUUGUAUUUAUUAAGAAAAAAGUCAUACACCUCUAUAGACACCAAUCAGAUGAUGUGUGAUGCUCCUUGUGACUUAAAAUUGAAUGUUACAGGAAGUUCUUGGCAUAGGAUAAUCCUUGUAGAAAUCAAAGCAGAACUAGUGGCCCAAAUUCAUUUGAAAGUAAAGUUUUGGAAGUGCAUCUGUGAAAAUCUUGUUCUAAAAUUCUUUAUUUGUAUCAAGUCAUGCUUUAUUCACUUCCAUCCAUUUUCUCUCUUGUAUGUGUGUAAUUUGAUGCUAUUUUCUGAAGGUUUUUAAAUGUCAGAGCCUUUAUUAAAUUAUGAUUAAAAAAUUAUGUCUUUAAAGAUUGAUUGCUAUCAUGGUAACAUGGAAAAAAUAAUCACAAAACAAUUAUGCCUUGCUUUGCACCAUUGUAUUUAAAUGUACUUUGCUGCAUCGGAGCAGUACUUGAUUCUUGCUUAUUUGUUAAUUCCUUUCUCAAAUUGAUCAUAAGUUAUUGUCAGAAUUUUGCUUCUUAUGAGCUGUAAGCAUUACAUGGCAUGUAUUGCAUUUGUGAAUUCCUAACUUAAAGAUGUUGUUUUUGCCACGAUGUGCAAUGAGAACGAUGGUUGUGGGGGGGGAAAAAAUAAAGUUGUUUGUGCAAGGUGUUUGUAUUGCUUGCAAUAAAACUUAGUGUCAGUCA